GGUGCCGCGCGCCGCCGCGCCAGUGCCGUGCCGCCCGCCGCGCGAACCAGUCGCAUCGCCGUGCUGCGCGCCGCUCGCGACUCGACUCGUGUACCCUGUGUACCUGUGCCCUGUGUUAUACCCCUAAAAGUACGUAAACAAAACACACUAACUUACCUGUGAAAGUGCGGUCUGGAUUUAUAUUGGAGCGGCAUCAAACGCGUGCGUAUUGCUUGUUUGUUGCGAGUGAUAGAAUCUGUUGCAUUCUGCAGGGCGCUACCAGUGAUCAAGCCUCCCGUACCAGCAUGUAGUAGUCAGUGAACGAUAAAAACCAACAAAUUUUCACUCGCGUUCUAACCAAAUUCAAAAUGGCCGACGUUCUCGAAAUCGAAUCGGUAGACGAUGAUCUCGGUUACGAUUACGAGACGACAAAGAUCCCGGAUAUCAUCGCUCCGGAUGAAAUGAUCGAGUCUGGGUACCAAGAGGGGUCGGAGCAAAGUUACGGGGACCGUAGGGACUCGAAGGAGGGUUUUGGGGGCGAAGGGGACUCUGACAGUGGGGUGGAUGGGGUGAGCAGUGGCUGCAGUGUGGCGGACGACUGCCCCGUGGUGUCGAUCAACGACGUGGUGGCGUACUAUGAUGACAUUCGUCCGAGGAGGCGGCAUGUUCCGCAGCUCAGCUUCUACAACGUGGACAUCGAGAGGCUGGCCAUCGAUACUGUUGUUCAGAGCGAGUCGAGCUACACCUCGUCGGAAGAGGGCUGCGGUGGCGGCGAGCGCCACGCCGUGCUCAGCUACGAGCAGGUGCGGCGGCUCAAUGACGUCAUGGACGAGGUGGUCGCCAUCCACGGCCGCGGCAACUUCCCCACGCUGCACGUGCGCCUGCGCGAACUGGUGGCCGGAGUACGAGCCCGCCUCGAGGCGGCGCAGAGUGCCGGCGGCGCUGGUGUCUGUGUGCGCGACGUGCGCCUCAACGGCGGCGCCGCCAGCCACGUGCUGGCCGACCGGCCCCAGCCCUACUCUGACAUCGACCUCAUCUUCACGGCCGAACUGCCCACCGCACGCCACUGCGACCGCGUUAAGGCCGCCGUACUCGGCCACCUGGCCACCCUUCUCCCGCCCGCCACCCCGCGCCGCCGCGCCACUCCCGCCGGCCUCAAGGAAGCCUACGUCUCUAAGAUGGUCCGCGUCAACUCUGACGGAGACCGCUGGUCCUUGAUAUCUCUUGGAAAUUCGCGCGGCCACAAGUCCGUAGAACUCAAGUUUGUGGACACGAUGCGCCGCCAGUUCGAGUUCUCCGUCGACUCGUUCCAAAUUGCUCUGGACUCUCUGCUCGCGUUCCAUGAGUGCGCGCAACUGCCUAUUGGCGAAAACUUCUACCCUACCGUUGUGGGAGAGUCCGUCUACGGUGACUUCAACGAGGCUUUAAGCCACCUUGCCGAGAAACUGAUUGCGACGCGGCAGCCGGAAGAGAUCCGUGGCGGCGGUCUACUCAAGUACUGCGCCCUCCUGGCAAAGGGCUACCGGCCGGCGCGACCAGACAAAAUCAAAACUCUCGAGCGGUACAUGUGCUCGAGGUUCUUCAUCGACUUCCCCGAGCUCGGACAGCAGCGCGCCAAGCUCGAGGCCUACCUGCGGAACCACUUCGUCGGCAGGGAGGAGGAAGCUCUUAAGCAUAGAUUCUGUAUGAGUGAGUUGUCGCUAACCGGCGGUGUCGCUCGGUGCAGGUACCUGACGCUGCUGCACGGCGUGGUGCGCGAGUCCACGGUGUGCCUGAUGGGGCACGAGCGGCGGCAGACGCUGGCGCUGAUCGAGGCGCUGGCGUGCCGCGAGCUGUGCGCGCGGGCGCCGCUGGUGGUGGCGCCGCCGUACUUCGUGUGCGUGUGCGCGGCGUGUGCAGCAUGUGCAGCCUGUGCCGCCUGCGCCGCCUGCGUGCCGUGCGCGCCCUACUGCGAGUGCUGCCGCGCCGCCUCCUGCCCGGCGUGACCGGCGCCCGCCCACACCGACCAUGAAUUUAGUGCCAAAUGUAUAUAAUACGGAUAACAAAAUGUAUGUACGCGCAGGAGCGGGCGCGCGUCACGUUGCUCAGUGUCCGCCGAUCAAUUUGCUCGUCAAUUGUCCCCGCGCCGCGACGUGAAGUAAUUUCUAGUCGUACUCCUUUCGUGUUGAUAAGUUAAUAUGUUAGCAGUACGAAAAUUAUCGUUCACGUGGAUUGUGACGGACGCGCCGCUAGAUAGUGAGUCCGAGUCGAUGGUCUGCCUAUAUAAAAAGACUAGUUAGUUAUUUUUAAGCUUUUAUGUAUAGAAGUCGUCUCCAUAAAAGUAGUGGCAUGUCUCUCGCCGUCGAAAUAUCACGGAGAAGCGGACGGUCGGAUACGAGUUUUAUUGCUAAUUAAGUGAGAAAAUUGUUGCGAGUAUGAUACCCGGGUCACUAGAACAUCGGAAACAAUCGGAGGAGCGUGCGUACCGAUAGCAGCCACAGUGUAGGGCGGCAGUCCUCAGCAGCACCCGCGACUCGCAUAGUCUCGCGCAGCCCGCGCUCGCCUCCGCUCCUCGGUGUCACGUCAACAACUAUUUUACUAUGUAUUUAUCAAUCUGAAAGGAUGUAUGUAUACACUUACACGUUUCGUGAUCGCUCUAGUAUUGUAUACGGCUUGGCGAACGAGUAACAAAUUAAGAUACACAUAGAAAAAUACAAAAAGAUUAAAAAAAGUUAAAAAACCCAAAAAAAUAUAUUACUAAGGUGUGUACAAUAUUAAAGUUCACGCUUUUUUAAAUAAUAUAAAAAUACCAUUAUAAAAAUAUUUUAAGAACAUUUACAAGUAGUGACGUCACUUAGUAACAGAGUACUUAUGAACAUUUUUUUUUACUAUUAACGUCUCAUCAAUUACAGUUUAUAUUAAAGCUGUAGAUGUAUGGAAAAAUGUGAUUUAAUUGUUGUAUUAAUUAACCAUGUUGUCGAUGAUUAUAUUAUCUACUUACAUAACAUUAUGUAGAUUAAAUCCAAUAGAGAGAUAUAUUAUUAUUGUUGUAUUUUAAUGAGAUAUAGAAUAUAUGAACGAUGGUGUAAACAGUGUCCGGCCAAUACGUGAAUGUGUCAGAUAUUUUGCCAAAUGCAUAUUCAGAGUAAAUACUAUAUUUAUACACAUUGCAUGAACUUUGUAGGGCUUUUACUAAGCAAUUUGUUACGUAGUAUAUUUUGAGUAGCGGAAGAUAUAUCCGAAGUAAUCAAGUACAAUCAUCUAAUAGAGUUAACCCUUAUAGUUAACUUCGGAACAAUUUAUCGAGUUUAUGAACGAAUUUUCCCGACUUGCUCACUGUCGAACCAAAAUUUAAGAUCUCAUUUUUUUUUAACUGUUCUACAAAAUUGUUUUGGAAUUGUAGUGUUGUAUUGUGAACACUUUAACUGUUGUCUAAUGCUUAUCUUGGAUAUACGUCAUUCUAUGACUUGAGGUGAUAAAACAUUCGAUGUAAGUUAAACGUGUUCAGUGAUCCGUUCCACUUGUGUACCGACUAGUGCCGCUCGCCUUUGUGUAUACUUUCUUCAUAAUAUAUCUGCAUGGAACGGAACGCACUAGAAAAGACUUUUUGGAAUAUUAUCGUAACGAAUUCGCCACGAGUGCAACGGACCACGGUAACUUCAAACGGUAGCCCUAAAAUUAGAAAUAGUACGCAGUCGUCUGUACUUAGAAAUAAAUGAAGUACAUAAACAUAGUUAACUGAAUCUAAACUUUAUUCCAUAUGUAAUAAGAGUGAAUGUAAGUUAAUUAUCACUAGUGUUACUUGCUAUAUCGAGACAGGCGUCUAAGUUGUGAUUUGUAGUCUUUCGACAGGUAUUUUAAAUGUCAUUCUAUAUUGUCACUAUAUUUAUUAUAAAUAACUGUGAUUGUUAUAUCUACUACAUACAAUUGUAAUUCGACUAUUGGCAAAAUCCGUUUAAGAACUACCUCCUCGCGUGAGUAAAAAUACGAUAUUCGAUGGUAUAUUUUUUGUGAUUUUUCUCUCUACGACUAUGGAGAUAAUUAUGUAGGUAUAUUAGCCGUAGGGUGUACCAGUAAUAUACCAGUCUUGUAAGUAAGUUCUAAAGACGUAGUUUUCGAAAAUAUUGGUAGACAUUUCAAUUUCGAACUUGUCAUUGACAUGCUUUUUACACAAACUUGGCGCAUCUACAUAAUUCUUUCUUUAGUCUGGGUCGAGUUCACUAUUUCGAAUUUCGAAAACGCCUAACUCUCAACGUAUACUUUGGGCACAAUUCGAAGACAGUGGAAACUACCAAGAGAUGCUUGUUAGCUUAUAAAGCUCUUCCAAACACAUCACGUGAUGUGGCUAAACGCUUCCAAAAAAACGGUCUAAAUGUUUUAAAAAAAUUGCAAAGAGAGACAUUGCAAUAUAGUUUAGGAAUUUUAUUAUUUUUUUCUAAAGUUACCAUCAGUUUUCAGCUAGCCUUAUUUUAUAAUUAAUUUUUAAUUCUAAUGAGCACUGGUCAUAGGCGUUCCCGUGCAGGUCGAUUGUUAUAUUAUAUGUAUAUAUUGUUGGAUAAUGGUUUUGUGGUUUGAUGAUACUUUUCUGAGAGAUAUGCAAAUCUCUGAAAGAUUGUACUUAACUUUCAACAUUGUGACGCAAACAAAAGGCAAGUUAUCACAAAGAACAGAAGAGAUAAAUCAGAAUAAGUAUCUUGAAAGUUUUGUGAGAUUUAGCUCGAAGUUGGUUUUAGAAUUUCAAAGUACCAAGUUUUCCUAUAAAUAUACUUCAAUUUUGUAGUAACUUGUUAAUUAUGUAAACAGUAUUUUCUACUUGCAAUUGUUAUAAGUGUUCCUGACGAAAACUUUGCCAAUUAUUUUCAGUCUAUUGUAUAAGACAUUUAAACACACGUGACGUAAAAAUCAAUGUGACAUUAAGUUAAAACUUAGCUUUCUUCAUUCAAUUAAUUAACGUGUCUAGAAGAUAUUGUAAAACUAAUACAAUAUAUUGAGCAUCUAUAACUACAAAACUUAGUUUCAGUCCUCGUAUCGAUUAACCACAUAGGUACUAUCAGAUAUCAAUGCCUUAUCAAAAUUUAUUUUGCAAAGAAAUAAAUUACUUACUUGAUUCCAAACAUUAACUUAUUGCAGAAUAAAUUAGCGAAAUCAUAUUCAUAUCAAUGGAUGCUCAAUAUAUGUUUAGUAAGAUUUGUUAUCUUUCAAAGAAAAAAUAUUUUACAUCGAUGACAUUAUUGUUGAUUCUCAAAAGUGAGUAAUGAUUUAAGCAAAUAUACUAUUUUUUGGUACAGUCGGACACAAAAAGCAUUUACUUAUCUAUUUAUAAAUGUUGGUACUAAGAUCAAGUUGUUAGUUCAACGAAACAAGAAUAUUGAUUCAAUUCUGAUUGAUGAAGAUGAAGUACAUGUUAAUGUUUUUUUGAUUCUUGUUUCGUUGGAUAUGGAACUUGGUCUUAUUAAGUUGGAGAGUUGAUUCUUGUGGAAGUUAUGCACGUGGACGCCGUUAUAAAAAGCGUGGUUUCGGUAACUGGUGGCGUUGACAGUUAGCAGCGGUGCGGCCUUAAGUGAACUGGCUUUAUGGUCAGCAGGAAAAAAAUUGAUGUCAUAUAUUUGGUAGCUAAGGAUUUGCAAUUAAUUUGGUAUACUUGCUGUGUUUAUCUAAAAUACUAAAUUUCCAGUAGCUAAACUUUAAAAGGUCUGUUUGAUAAACUAAACAUCUGCUACUAUAAAACAGAUUUUCCUAAUUCCCAUUAAAAAAUUGAACAAGAUUUAAGUGUCUUGACUGUACCGCUGCUCUCUGCCCACCCAUCACUUCGUCCGAAGCCCGCCGUGUCGCAUUUCUCGCUCAUAUGUUAAAAGCGAACAUUCGACACACCGACUCUCUAGAUUAGGGGUUGCUAGGCCUUACGUUAUAUAAGCUUAUUUAGGUUAUAUCAAGUAUAUUUACAUACAUUAUAGUUAUUAUUUUUUCUUUUUCUUCCAAGUUGCCUGUUUCGUGUUACACGAAUAGCGACGAUGUGUUGUUACGAUACAUAAUUACUAUUAUAUUUGUGAGGAGUUUUAAGCUAUUGUAAAUUUUACAGAAAUAAAAAAUGUUGUGAAAAUAAAUUAUAAAAAAGUGAUAUAAACAGUGAA